CGAAAAAAACAUACAAAAAAAUUUUGAGACGAUCCCUUAGUUGCAAGAACUUUUAACUUUUAAGAUGCAGUUUUUAUUUACUGUCUUCCUUUUAUUCUAUUAUUAAUAGGGAUCCUCUCCUGCUGACAUUGGAAAAAUAUUUUUUGAAUUUACAGUUGAAAGGCCUUAGUGUGAAUAGGAUUUCAUCAGAAUAUAAAAAUCCUUUAUUCACCAUUUUUUUAUUUCAAUAUCUUGGAUUCUGAUUUAUCCAUUGUUUUGCACCAUACUUGGUGUCAUUUAUUUGUUUGUGUUGUAGUAAAUAAUGGCGGAACAAGAGGAGAAACAAAACUGCACAUUCUUCAAGAAAAGAAAGGGGAAAAAAAAUGUUCGCAAAAGAAAAGAAAACAGUAAUGAGAGUGAUGAAGAUGAGGAAAAAUCGGCUGUUGUAAAGGUACAACGAAAGAAUGUUAAAAACCCAAUGGUACAGAAAACAGGUAUAAAGAGAGUGAAAGAAGAUGUCAAGUACGAUGAUGAUGAGCCUGGUGAUGACAGCAAGACAGCUGUUAAUGUGGAAUACAAAUCAUCAGGCACUGGAGAAAGGGCAGGACCUGACGAUAUGGGAGCGACAGCAGUGCUGGAAUUUGAAACGGAGGCAAGUAAAGAUGCACAAGCAAUAUUUGAAAGAGCACUUCAAACUAAUAAGGACUUGAAAGGUAAAGAAGACGACAAAUUGUAUCGUGGGCAAACUGGCUAUGCUCAAUAUAUCGAGAAGAAAGAUACAGCUGCUGGGAAUGCUUCUAGCGGUAUGGUUAGGCAUGGUCCGAUUCGUGCACCGGCUCAUCUUCGCACUACGAUUCGUUGGGAUUACCAGCCGGACAUUUGCAAAGAUUACAAAGAAACUGGAUUCUGUGGUUUUGGAGACAGUUGUAAAUUUUUACACGACCGCAGUGAUUAUAAACACGGUUGGCAACUAGAAAGAGAAUUCAAAGAAGGAGCGUAUGACCAGGAAGACAAAUCAAAGUAUGAAAUAGACAGUGAUGAGGAUGAGGAGCUACCGUUUGCAUGUUAUAUAUGUCGAGAGACUUUCGACCACCCUGUGAUGACGAAAUGCAAACAUUACUUCUGUGAAAAGUGCGCACUCGCGCAUUAUCGUAAAACCGCUCGAUGUUUUGUUUGCGCUGAACAAACUUUUGGAGUUUUCAACCCUGCGAAGGAGAUUAUUAAAAAGAUGAAGGAACAGGCGAAGAAACCAGACAUUAAUGCGGAAAUUAAUAUAAGCGAUGAUGAUUCUUGACGUGUGUCAUUUAAGGACUUGACCGUCAGAGCGGUCUUAUGCAGUCUCUACUACAUACACCGGUAGUUGUCUACAUGCGAUAAUUUGAGUCAAGGCAUUUUGUGCCUCAGCUUCGGUGGAGGAGUGCAUAUUAUUAUCAACGUGCUUGUUGGUUGGAAUUUACAACAGAGAAUGUGGCACUAAGAGCGGGUUUUCACUUGAACGAAAUUGAUUAAAUCGGUCGACGUAAAUAGGUGCAGAAGUGAAAGUGCUUUCUACUUUUGUUGAUUGAUUCAACCAUUUUCGUUUAAGUGGUGAUUCCGCCUUAACAUGGAGAAGAUCAAGGACAUUAAAGAAUAUUGUUACAAAAUAUUAAAAAAGAAGGAUUGCUUUGUUUUAAUGAAAUAAAUACGAAUCUUUGAAAGUUUCAAUAACGUAACAAAAAAUUGUUUGACUAUUUCAACAAAACAAUAUGCGUUUUGGACAAAUGUGAGUCUUGUUAAAAUUAAAAGGUCUUUUUUAUUAAUAAGGACGGUCCCUAUCAAACAUAAAAAUCCCUGCCAUUUAUAUUUUUUAUACACUUUAUUUUUGCCAACCUUGUUUCCAGCUUUCCAAUCUUCUAUAAUAUCGAUUCUACUUCAUAAAAAGCACGCACAGCUUUUAAUUAUCUGCACCUAAUUGACCCGAUGUCCCUGCAGAUUCGUCAGGUCUCGAGUCGUGUUAACAAAAAAUGUUAGCGCUAAAAGUUGCAAUUAAAUAUGUGAUCGUUCUUUUCAUGGUGUAAAGCCCAGUUCGAAUGACGUCAUAAAAACAAAAAUUAGCGUAAGCUCGAUGCUGAUUAUGAUAUUGAUUUUAAUUUACAUUUUUAAAUGUGGGUGCAAAGAAUUUUGUUGAUAAUCUACAAGCUGAAAACUGCGUUGCUGCUAUUGUGAGUAUUUUGUCAAUAUUUAGCGAUAUGUUGUUUUUACACAUACUGAUUUCUACUUCGGGAAAAACCUUCGUACCGGCAAAUUAUUUCAUCACUUUCUCUAAUGAGAAUUUAUUUAUUUAUUUUUUACUUUUUUUAAAUCAGUCAUUUAUUAGCUACGGGUAUUCUUAAAAAAAAUAUUCAAAAAAAUUGAA